AUGGCUGCUUUUGAAUCAUUCUGGUUGAAUUCCACACCCUGCACGCGCCUCCUCCUCCUCCUUUUCCUGUCUCUCCUCUUCCCUCCCUCAACGCUCUCUGCACGCCACCUCUUUCCUCAAGCCACCAGCGAGGUUCUUCCGCAAGUCGCCACCACCCUUCCGCAAGCCGACGCCACCCUUCCGCAAGCCGGCGCCACCAUUCCGCAAGCUGGCGCCACCCUUCCGCAAGCCGCCAAGGUUCUCCCCCAAGCAACCGAGGUGGACGCCGUGCGCAGGUUCCUCCUAGCGGCGGGCGUCACCAACCCCGUCCCGGGCGCUCCGGCGAGCGCGUGCGGCGUCGCCGGCAUCGGCUGCGACGCCAACGACUUCGUCACGUCGCUCAACUUCUCCCCGUGCUCCGCCUUUCCGAUUCUCCUCACCGGCUCCAUUUCGACCGACAUCAGGAGUCUCGUGCACCUCACGCACGUCGACUUUUCGUGCAAUGACCUGGGGGGGUCUCUGCCGACGGUUCUUGGACUGCUGACAAAUUUGCGGCGGGUGAACAUGAGCGAAAACCGGCAACUUUGGGGGAGCAUUCCCGCCUCGAUUUUUGCGCUAAAGUCGCUUUCGGUGAUGGAUUUUCGCGGAGCGGAUUUGCAAGGCACUCUUCCGUCCGCGUCGAACGCGUUUUCAACGGCGCUUAGGCACGUGGACCUAUCAUACAACCGGCUGUACAACCCGAUUCCAUCGUCGAUUUCUCGUUCGUUCCGUCUGGAGCGGCUGGAUCUAAGCUUCAACAACCUCAACGGCUACAUACCGAAGCAGCUGAGUAACCUCAACCGGCUCACUUAUCUUAGUCUGCGCUGGAACAAGCUCACCGGAAAUGUUCCGACGGAGAUAUCCAGGGCGGCGCGGCUGGAAAGGCUGCACUUGGAGGGAAAUAGGCUGACGGGAACGCUUCCCUCCCAAUUGAACCGGCUUUUGUAUUUGGACCACCUGAGCCUUAGUUAUAAUUACUUGUCUGGUGGUGUCCACCCUGCGAUUUUUCGCAUGUCUGCUCUGCGGAGGUUGGAUCUUCGUCGUAACUCCUUCAAUGGGACGAUCCCGAUUUGGAGAUCGGGUUACCAGAUGAACUCGCUCGAGCAUCUUGACCUCGCGAAGAAUCGUUUCAAUGGAACCGUUCCUCCUGGGCUUGAUGGUGUUCUGAGCCUCACCCAUCUGGAUCUGAGCGAAAACAAGUUUUAUGGCUCGAUUCCGUCGCGUUUGGGCAGAUUGACGGCCCUCCAGUUCCUGAAUCUCGAACGGAACCAACUGACCGGAAAGCUUCCGGGGUAUUUCAGUUCCCUUCGCAACCUUCGCUCACUUUCAGUCGCGCACAACAAACUGACUGGCGUCCGUCCCAACUUCCAGCUCAACGGACAUGAGUCGCCUCGAAAUGUUUUGGAUCUGAGUUACAACAACUUGGGUGGAUACCUGUUUCGUUACUCGUAUCUGGCGAGGGUUGCGAAUCUCGACCUUUCGCACAACCGAUUGACGGGGGGCGUACCUGUCGGGUUUCUGACUGGAUCGACGGUUCUCAAGCGAGUCAACAUCAGCUGGAACUACAUCCAAGGCACCCUAUAUCCGUUCACUCGCCUGACCAAUCUCGCUUCCCUGGAUGCGUCGCACAACAGACUACAUGGGUCAAUUCCGUCGGGGCUUGUAUCGCUUGCUCAUCUUUCACACCUCAAUGUGCACGACAACGACAUUGUUGACAAGCUGCCCGAUGCCGCCUUUGGAAACACCGCUCUACGCUUCAUCGACAUCAGCUACAACGAGAUCAACAGUACCCUUCCAGAAUUUGUGGAAUGCCCACGAUCGAUCUACCUUGGUGGAAACCACCUCUCUGGCUCCAUCCCAGCCUCUAUAUCCUCCUGUGGUGCCUCCCUUGUCAAACUUGACCUUGCUAAUAAUCGCAUUGACGGAACACUUCCAGGCACAGCCCUUGGUGAACUCUCAUAUCUCAGUUACUUUAACCUUCCUAGAAACCGUUUCACGGGCAGCAUACCUGAAGAAUUGACUGGGUUGCGUGCUCUGACCUUUCUCAAUCUGGCCUGGAACCGGCUCACGGGCAGCAUUCCGGAAUCCUUGGGAGAUUCUGCCAAUGGUGGUGCAAAACUUGAGAUCGUUCGACUGGCGGGUAACGAUUUGGAAGGCUCUGUUCCAGGCCAGCUUUCAGAGUUUCCUGUGUGGUCGUUUCUGCCUGGCAAUCAAAAUUUGUGUGGCCACCCUGUGGGCAGCUGCUGA